AAGCCUUGGACAUGAAUGGGAAAAAUCUGAAAAAUUUUGCCAGACCCAAUAGGUCAAUUAAGCGCGUUAGUAAAAAGAAGAAGGAAAAGUCGCAGCGCGUGGUUUAUGUGACCUGGAAAAGGGCUCGCAUUUUGAUAUUUGAUGUGGCCUACGCAGGUCGUUAUUUCGUUGAAGCCAAAUUAGACAAUGAGGCUGCCUGGCUCGGCUGGGAUCUGCGCAAGAAACGAGCUUGUACUUUGAAGGCAAAAAAUGCGUGUCGAAUUUAUAAUCGGAUUAAGGGUGAAAAGCAAAAACGAAUUUCUAACGAAGAAGGCGAAAUAAGACCUGUCAAUCAUAAGCAUUUGACUAAGCUGCAGAUGAAAGGAGUUAUGAUUCAGGAUUCUCUCAAUAGCGACAAUGAUAGAGGUUCCAUCAGCGCACUUAGCAGUGCCCUUGAAGCUGAGCAAAUUGUUCGGAAAGAGGAGACUUGGGAUGUCACUAAAGGUGGACUCAAAAUUUUACCAAUGUCACGAAGUGGUUCAAACAAACGCAAAGCAAAGCCUACUUCUGCGAGUUGUGUUGAGAAUACUCCAGCUGGCAAUGAGAGUUGGGAUAUAACUCAAGGCGGACUAAAUAUUUUGCCAAUGCAAAGAGCUGUUGUACCGAAAACUAAGAAAAGGUCCAAGUCGCGUCAGAAUAUAAGAAAAAGCGAAACUGGAAAAUCGCCAAAGAUUCCAAAUACUGAAAGUUGGGGUGAGAUUUUGCCAAUUCCGCACGGCGUCUGCUCCCAAGCCAAGAUGAAGGAAAUCACAAAUUGGAUAUUCGCGGAGAACGAAUAUGGCAGUGAAAGGGCAUGUGGCACAGCCAUAGAAAUUCCUUUCGAUACUCAAGAGACUGACGAUGAAGGUGAAAGUGAAUGUGAAAGUGAUGCUGUCGCUCAAUGUGAUUUCAGUUACACAAGAAGUGUGACGCCGUCGCGUAAUCCAAUGGGCACACCUCGUUGGAACAUCAGCGAAAGCAUAAGCCAUGAUAUCACAAAUCAAAUUUGUCGCUCGCCCUUGGUAAGUGAUGCGCCCAGUUGGUAUAUAACCAGGCGGGGCAAAAGAAGUGCCACAGUCAAGAUUGGGGAUCUACUCAAUGAACGUUACUAUAUUUUGACCAACAUAACGAUCAGUUAUCUGGCCUCCGUUUGGCUGUGCUGGGACUUGGAGGAUAAGUGCAAUGUAGUUAUGAAAAUGUCGGAUACGACACAAAUGAGCGUGCUGCUGAUUCAAGGCGAGAUAAGUACGAUUAGCGCCAUGCAUGCAUAUCAGCCCACGGAUCCGCGACUUGACUGCAUAGUGAAAGUGUUGGAUGCCUUUCAAUUGACGCGCUCCAGGACCGCACAGCCUUGCAUUAUACUCGAAGCUCUGGAGUCGAACCUAGCGAAGUAUGCAAGCAAUUGGCAUAAUUGCAUUCUGCCCUUGGACAUAGUCAAGUAUAUAACACGUCGGGUACUUGAGGGCCUGGACUACAUUCACAGUGUCGGAGUUGUGCAUGCCGAUAUCAAGCCAGAGAAUGUUUUGAUUACGCCUUGCACUCCGGAUAACUGCGAGAAUUGUCCGGAUAAACAAUUGGCAUGCUCCAGAUUGCAUGUGAAGAUAGCGGACUUUGCCAAUUCCUGUGGGUCGAGCGGCAAACUGGCUGGAGAGAUCCAAACACGUGCGUAUCGCUGUUUGGAAUCAAUACUUGGCUCUGAUUGCGAGAGGCCGGCGGAUAUUUGGAGUGUAGCCUGCAUGGUCUUUGAGCUGGCCGUUGGCGAUUUACUCUUUGGGGAAUGCGACGACGACAGAUACACGCCCGAGGAGGAUCAUUUGGCGCGCAUUAUCGAACUGCUCGGACCGAUACCGCAUCAGAUAAUCUUUCGUGGUCGCGACGCGCUGCGCGAUUUUAAUCCCUAUGGCAAAUUGCGUAACAUAACUGACCUGAGACCCAGGGGUCUAGUCGAUGUGUUAAUGGAUUAUAAUUGGUCGCAGCUAAACGCCAUGGCCUUCGCCUCAUUCCUGACGCCCAUGCUCGACUAUGAGCCCAAGAAACGUGCCACUGCGGCCAAGUGUCUGCAGCAUCCUUGGCUACAGUGAAAAUGAAAAACGAGGCGCCAUAAACUAGAAAAGCUAAAUAGCAAAAAUAUUGUUAAUGACAGUUAAAUGAAAUUAUAGCCAUUGCGUGGCUUACGGCUUUUGGCUUUUGUUAGUUUUCGCUUCUGUCUCAUAAUUUAAUGAGCAUAUAUAAUAAAGCUUGGCCUGGUA